AUGCACUAUUUAAAACCCUUUCUCAUCUCACUCGGUGCGGCCACAGCUUUUGCAGCAAACUCAACCUCGACUGCUGAUGCAACAUCUAUCACUGGCUGCCAUACCCAUGGAUCGGACAUUUACUGCAUUGACGGGGACGGCCAUGAAGUCUCUGUCUCAGCAACAGCCACACCCACGAGCGGAGUCCCAGCCCAAUAUACUGGUUGCCACUCACACGGAAGCGAAUCAUACUGUAUGGAUACAGAUGGAAAUGAGGCAUUGAUCGUGGAAGAAGAAACAGAGCAUGCCGAGAGCGAGCAUGAAGCAAACGAGCAUAGCCAUGAUCAUGAAGCAAGCGAUCAAGAAUCAAGCGAGCACAGCCCUGACCAUGAGGAAUCCGAGGAAGCGAGUGAGAAAAGCUGCCACUUUCAUGCCGGCGUUGAGCACUGUGUGAGCGCAGGAGAGUCCGAAGAAAGUAACCACGCGUCCUGCAGCAUCCAAACUAGAGACUACGACGUGCCUCUUCGAAUCGGAACACUCUUUGUGGUCCUCGUGACAAGCGCAAUUGGUGUAUUUGCGCCAAUUCUGCUUUUGAAGCUUCCAUUCGCAAACGUCAAUGCCGUUUUCUCAACCGUCAUAAAGCAGUUCGGAACUGGCAUUAUCAUCGCGACUGCCUUUGUCCAUUUAUAUACGCAUGCUAAUCUCAUGUUCACGAACGAAUGCAUGGGCGAGCUUGACUAUGAAGCUACAACUUCCGCUAUUGUCAUGGCCGGCAUUUUCCUUGCCUUCUUGUUCGAGUUCGUUGGUCACCGGAUUGUUAGUAGCAAGGGAGGCACAGUGGAGCCCAAUCAAGCUCUUCCGAAAGAUUCGGUGCCUUCUCAUUCCACGUUAGCUCACCUUGGGCAUUCGCACGGUGCCUCGUUCGACCCCACAAGGCCUGACACCAAGUUUUCCGUACUGGUCAUGGAGGCUGGUGUGCUUUUCCACAGCAUUCUCAUCGGACUCACGCUAGUAGUUGCCGGUGACUCUUUCUACAAAACUCUAUUGGUGGUGAUUGUUUUCCACCAAUUCUUCGAAGGUCUGGCUCUGGGGGCUCGGAUCGCAACACUUCCCGGUGCCAUUUUCCCUUCCAAAGCAAUCAUGGCGGGCACAUUUGCCUUGAUAACGCCGAUCGGAAUGGCAAUUGGACUUGGCGUGCUGCAUACGUUCAAUGGGAAUGAGAAAAGUACUUUGGUGGCCUUGGGCACUUUGGACGCGUUGUCUGCUGGAAUUCUCGUCUGGGUUGGUGUGGUUGACAUGUGGGCUCGAGACUGGGUCAUUGAAGGUGGCGAGAUGCUAAAUGCUAGUCUAAGUAAAGUGUUGACUGGGGGAUUGUCUUUGGUGACCGGCCUUGUGUUGAUGGGGCUUCUUGGUAAAUGGGCCUGA